AUGAUAGCCAAGACUGAGGUCGUGCCCCAGACCGGAGGACCGCUGGAGAAGGCGGAGCAGCCAGACUUCUCCUCCACCAAGGGUCCUCUCUCAGGAGACAACACCGACACAGAGCGAGGCAAAGAUACAGUCGUCGUCGAGCCCGUCCGUACUGUCACCGGGAUCAAGUGGUACCUCAUCGUCUUCGCAAUCCUCUCAUCGACCUUCCUCUUCGCCCUGGACAACACCGUCGUCGCUGACGUGCAGCCUCAGAUCGUGUUGCAGUUCGAUUCCAUCAAGGAUAUUGCAUGGCUUGCUGUCGCCUUCAUCAUGGCGGCCACGGCUGUCAACCUCUUUUAUGGCCAGCUAUAUUCCUAUCUGAAGCCCAAGUGGCUCUACAUCGCCAGCGUCGCUGUCUUCGAAGCGGGCAGUGCUCUGUGCGGCGCGGCGCCGAAUAUGAACAGCCUCAUCGUCGGGCGAGCGCUGUGCGGUCUCGGUGGUGUUGGUAUGUAUCUCGGCGUCAUGGUCCUUAUCGCUGCUACGACGACGAUCCAGGAGCGGCCUGCGUAUCUUGCUAGUAUUGGGAUUACGUGGGGGCUGGGGACUUUGCUUGGACCGGUGGUGGGAGGUGCAUUUGCUGACUCGGAUGCGACGUGGCGGUGGGCUUUCUACAUCAAUCUCCCCAUCGGUGGCCUGGCCGCGCCUGUGUAUCUGUUCAUGCUACCGUCCCCCGACCCUCAGCCUGGCGCGACCAUCCUCCAGCGACUCGCCGAGAUCGACUGGAUCGGUGCUCCGCUCAUGCUCGGCGCCAUCGUCUGCUUCACCAUGGGUAUCUCCUUUGGCGGCGUUCUGUAUGAAUGGGAAUCCGGCUCCGAGAUAGCGCUUUUCGUCGUCGCAGGCGUCCUAUUCAUCGUCUUCGGCAUCCAGCAAGCGUACUGUAUCGGCACAACCAAGGAGCGUCGCAUCUUCCCCGUCGAGCUCAUCACCUCCCGCAAGUACUACCGGACCAUCGUCCUCAUGUUCUGCGUCACGGCCGCCGGAGGCUGCGCCAUCUUCGUGCCGGUGUACUUUGUUCCCAUCUUCUUCCAGUUCACGAGGGGCGACAGCGCCAUCGACGCGGCUGUCCGGCUGCUGCCGUUCAUCUUGGUGAUGGUCACCGUGACCCUGACGCAGGGCGGCAUGCUGUCGCGCCCGUCCGGGAAAUUUGGGCUGUACAUGCCGUGGUUCACCGUCGGCGGCAUCAUUAGCGUGAUUGCCUCCACCUUGAUGUAUGUCGUCAAGACGGACACCAGCACGGCCUGGAUCUAUGGUGCCUCUGCCAUGCUCGGUGCUGGCGUAGGGACUUUCACGCAAGCGGGCUUCUCGAUUGCGCAAGCCAGCGUGCCGGCGUCCAAAGCUGCUGUUGCGUCCUCUCUGAUUGCCCUGGCGCAGUCGAGCGGUAUCAAUAUCGCGCUGGCGGUCAGCAACGCGGACCAGAUCCAGGCUGCGAUUGCUGGUGUCGGGACGGAAUUUGUCACGACGCUGCCGCCGCGGAUGCAGCAGGAGGUUCUUGAGGCCAUUGUUGAGGCUUUGAACUUGCCCUACAUCCUGGUCAUCGCUGCUGGGGCACUUGUCUUGGUCUGCAGUGUGCUGAUGAAGAGGGAACGGUUGUUCAUGACGGCUGCUCUUGGCGUUUGA